GCCGGGGUGCAGAGGCCGCCGCGCACCCUCCCGCGGCCGCAGAGGGAGCCGGGCGGGAGAAGGUGCCGCCGCGGCGGGGAGACGCCGGGCGAGCGGCGCUGGAAAGCCCCGGCCGCCCCCGCACCUGUGCCCUAGGGGGCGGCGAGGGGGUGUAGCCGCCGCCGAUCACCUGGGAUCCCCGCCCCGUGGCGCCUCCGCCCCCGUCCUCGCCCCGCCGGGGAAGGCGCCGCCGCUGCUGCGAGCGGGCUCCGCGCUUCACUGCGCUGCGGGCGGCGGCGGGCAGCAGGGCCGGAGCCCGCGGGCCGGGCAGGGCUGCAGAGGCGCUGGGGCUCGGCCCCGGCCGGCAGCCGGGCGAGGCGGGCGGCGCGGCGCGCUGGAGCCGCGGCAGGAUGAACCCCAAUGUCACCUACGCUAGUCGCAAGCGGCGGAAACCUGUGCAGAAAAUAGUAAAGCCAUCCCCAGCUGAAGGAGUCAAGUCCAACCCAUCCAAGAGACACAGGGAUCGUUUGAAUGCAGAGUUGGAUCGCUUGGCUAGUCUUCUGCCUUUCCCUCAAGAUGUUAUCGCCAAACUAGAUAAGCUGUCUGUGCUUAGGCUUAGUGUCAGUUACCUGAGAGCCAAAAGUUUCUUUGACGUUGCAUUAAAGUCUUCUAACUCUACAAGACCAGAAAGAAAUGGCAUUCAGGAAAACAGUAGAACAACAAAAAAUGGAGAAGAGAUGCAGGUCCUGGAAGGAGAACUCUUACUACAGGCAUUAAAUGGUUUUGUAUUAGUUGUUACAGCAGAUGCUCUGGUUUUUUACGUCUCUUCUACUAUCCAGGACUACUUAGGGUUCCAACAAUCUGAUAUUAUACACCAGAGUGUAUUUGAAUUGAUUCACACAGAAGACAGACCUGAGUUUCAACGUCAGCUGCAUUGGGCGUUGAAUCCUGCUCAGUCUUCAGAUUCUGGACCAAACCUGCAAGGAGAUAAUGUCUUUUCACAGCCAGCAACCUAUUAUAACCCAGACCAACUUCCUCCAGAGAAUUCUUCCUUUAUGGAAAGGAAUUUCAUCUGCAGGUUACGAUGCCUCCUGGAUAAUUCAUCUGGGUUCCUGGCCAUGAAUUUUCAAGGGCGAUUAAAGUUUCUCCAUGGACAAAACAAGAAAGGGAAGGAUGGUGCUGCUUUGUCUCCUCAGCUUGCGCUAUUUGCAGUAGCUACUCCUCUGCAGCCACCAUCUAUCCUUGAGAUACGAACCAAAAACUUCAUCUUCAGAACUAAACACAAACUGGAUUUCACGCCUACUGGCUGUGAUGCAAAAGGAAAGAUUGUCCUGGGAUAUACUGAAGCAGAGCUGUGUAUGAGAGGAACAGGAUACCAGUUUAUUCAUGCAGCUGAUAUGCUUUAUUGUGCAGAAAAUCAUGUCAGAAUGAUGAAGACUGGAGAGAGUGGAAUGACUGUGUUUAGGCUUCUAACCAAAGAAAAUCGAUGGGCCUGGGUUCAAGCAAAUGCACGACUUGUGUACAAAAAUGGAAGACCAGAUUACAUCAUUGCCACACAGAGACCUCUUACAGAUGAAGAGGGAGUAGAACAUCUACAGAAGCGUAACAUGAAGUUGCCCUUUAUGUUUGCCACUGGUGAGGCUGUGUUAUAUGAGGUAACUUUCCCUAUGUCGAGCCUUAUGGAUGCUUCUCAGACAAAGAAUAAAAGUAUCAUGGGAAAAGGAGCUGCUGCCAAAGCUACGCUACACAAAGAUUCUGUGGAUCCAAGCUCCCUUCUAGGUGCCAUGUUAAGGCAAGAUGAGUCUGUUUAUCUCUGCCCUCCAGCAUCAAAUAAACUUUCCUUUGAGCGGAACUUCUUUACAGACACCAAGGAUGAACUGGGCAAUGUGAUUAGUGGUGACUGGCCAGAUAAUCUCUUACCUGCUGGAAACCACAACAUUCUGAAACAGGAGCUAAUGGAGUGUUCUCAAGACAGUAAUAUGCUACUUCCCGAAGACAGUGCAGCACUCUUUCAAGAUAAUAAAACCAGUGAUUUGUACAGCAUCAUGAAGAAUCUGGGUAUUGACUUUGAAGACCUAAAAUAUAUUCAGCAGGAUGAGGAGUUUUUUAAAACUGAAUUCUCUGGUGUGGACGAUAUUGGAGACAUCGAUAUAACUGAUGAAAUUCUGACUUAUGUUCAGGAUUCCUUAAAUAAUAAGUCUGAUUUCUUAUAUUCAGGUGAACAGCAACAGCCUCUGGUCCAGAAUGCUGGUUGUUUGGUACAGCAAGAAUUUGAUCAGCAUCAACUUCAUCAGCACCAGAAACAGCUUGUGGAGCAACAGCAGCAGCAACAGCAGCAGCUGUGUCAAAAGAUGAAGCAUAUGCAAGUCAACGGGAUGUUCACAAAUUGGAGCUCUGGCAACAGUAUGCCUCUUAGCUGCUCCCAACAGCAGCCUGAGCAAUAUGUAUUUCCUGGCAUGCAUGCCACUGCUCCAGAGUUCUCUUACAAAUCAGAAGUAAACACUGCACCUUAUGCAUGUAGGCAAGAGUUUAUUCCUUACAAACAGUCCACACCUAUGAUGCCACAGCUUCCUAAUUUUCCCCAAAUGGAUUUCCCUGUAGCAGGUUUUGACAGAACAGCCUAUUCUGCUUCUUCCAACUUUGAGGAUUUUGUCAGUUGUUUGCAACAAGUCCCUGAAAAUCAAGACUGUGGAAUAAACUCUGAAUCUGUUAUGCUAACUCCUCAAACGUGCUAUGCAGGCGCUGUGUCUAUGUACCAGUGCACACAAGAAGCACAGCCCAACUGCGUAGAUCAAAUGCAGUACGAUCCAAUGAUGGCAAGUCAACAAGUAUUGUUGAACAAGUUCCAAAAUGGUUUCAAUGGAGGAAAUGUAAAUGAAGCAUAUCCCUCUCAGUUAGAUGUGAUCAGUAAUACGCAGACUGCCACACAUCUUCAGCCUCUUCAUCAUCCGACAGAACCCAGAUCCUUCUCAGAUUUGGCAUCUAGUGGAUUUAUGUAAUUCAGAUCUAGAGUUCCAUCUGUGAUUUUGUCUGGGCAUCAGGCUGCUCUGAGGAAAAGCUUGAUAAGUCCACCUUUGAACAUUGGGCUUUAACAGCUAAAUUACCUAUUGAGAAGUUGAGGUUGGUUGCACUAUAUAUACUGGUAGGAUAUGUAAUCCAAGACCUAAUUUUUUAGGGUGACAGAUGGAAUGAAAAUUUUUUGACUAAAAGUGUGCAUGUGCUGUUUUCCAUCAGACUGACUGUGUCAUUGCAGUAUGGAUUGCAUAUGUACUACAUACUAAGUCAUGCUACGCAACAUAAGAUAAGGCAAAUGGUUUUGUUGUUUAGAAAAAUAAUUGGGCACUUUACAAAUAGCAUCAAUGGCACAAGGAAGAUGAUUUCACACUUGGAUUAAUUAUUUCCAGACUUUAUUUAAAAAAAAAAACUCUGAAAUCAUAAGAAUCAAAAGCACUUAAUUUUACUGUGUACUAAGCUCUUUAAUCACUUAUUUUGUAUUUAAAUCCUUUUGUUUUAAGUCUCCAUUUCUAGCACUUUAAUAGAAGGCUUAACACAAGGAUAUGAUAUGCAACUUCAGGUUUUCUAUGAAACAAAUCCUUUGCAUUCCUCCUUAUAUUGUCAACCUUAAGUGCCUCACAAUUUAGCCACCUUCUUUCUGAAGGGAGCUUAUUUAAAAAAAAACUCACCAUUAAUGUCAUCUGUAUUAUGUGAACUUUUAUGUAACAUCUGCAGUGCUACUGGCUGUAUCUUUUUUUCCUAAAGAUAAUUUGUUAGAGUUUUACUUUAUCUGUGGAUUUGUUACGCUAUUAUCUGAAGUUUUUAAUGUUCUAAAUUUAGUUCAGCUAAGGAGUUUUGGUUUAUUCUGUACUGCUUUUCUGCUUUCUUCAGGUAAUACAGGGUAUAUUAAAAAAGCAGAUUUUGCUGAGGAGGAGGAACAGUUCCUCGGGAUUAGUUUUAGGUUAUUAAUGCUGAAAAACAUGUGCCUUAUCUUGUGUUAAAACACUCAUAAUGUUCUCUAGAAAUAAUACAAGGCUGCUCUAUGCAAAUACUUUCAUUAAAAUGGAUAUUGAAAAGGAUUGCAUUUUAAAUAAGGGGAAAAAGAGUCUCAAUGGCAAGUAGUAUUGAAGUUUACUUUUGUACAAAAAAAAAUUGACACUGAGUCACAUUUUGAUUGGCUGCAGUUUUUAAUGGUUGUGGUAGGGAAAGAGUCUGCUCUUGUAAAAUAUUAUCCCUAGCAAAUUGCACUGCAAAGGACAGAGAAGCUAUUCUUUUUAUGUAUGUGGAUCCACUUUAAAAGCUUUGUGCAAAAUAUGAAAUUAAAAACUAGUUCAUUAGAGAAAUUCUCUGUGUAGUAAGAGGAUUUUUGUAAUUUUUAUUUUCAAGAAGAUCCCAUCUGCAAAACAUCAUUCUGUUUUGUUUUGUUUUUUUUACCUGAGAGGAUUGUUAGGAUUUUAGACACCAAUGUUUGGUGCAAAAUAAUAGUCUACAUGAAAAAUAUAGAAAUGUGUAUAUGUUCAAAAUAUUUCAUAUUUGUGCUGUAUAGUACAUAUAAAAUGUCUUUGUAAAAUAUUUUAAACCAGUUAAUUCUAAAGUGUUACAUCAUUAUAUGUUAAGAACAAUUUUAUUGCGUUUGUUAUAUAUAAUAUAAAAUGGCAAGUAGCCAGUUUGUUUGAAACAGGCAAAAGUAAAUUGGCUCCCUCCAGAUGGUGUUAAUAUUGUAUAAUACAUGGACAAUCACUUAAAAUUGGAAUUCUUUCUUAUUUGAAAAAUGCUUUCUGUGAGGAAGAAUGCAUCUUCUCCCAUUCCGUGAUAUAAUAUGCUAGGCCAAAUUUCUAACUGAUUUAGAACUUUUCAGAUGAAUGACUUCAACAGUUCUUUUAUGUGAAAAUUACUAUAUAUGAAAGGGACAUUAAGGAAGCAAUUACUAUUCAGGAAAACCCAUAAAGAAGUUGUGGGUUUUAAUACAAGGUUACUUCCUUCAACGUUUCGGAUUUUGUUUUCAGUGCAAGACAUCACUGAAAGAUUUAAUUAAUAUUAUUUGAAUUAAUUUGUCAUCCUAACACAUUAUAGUUAAGAUCUUGUUUUAAAGCAAUAUCUGAAACAUCUUCCAUAUGUAGUUAGUGUACCAUGUAUGAAUUUUAACUUGAAAAUUAGAAAAAUGCUGUAAAACUGAAAGGUUCAAAGGGAUAAUGUAUGUUCUACAUGUCACAAACCAGUAUAUACCCUUUUUAUGAGUUUAGUUAAACCAAAUACAUGUUGUUCUAUCACUAAGUGCCAAGGAAGCAGGACUGUAACUGUGCUGCCCUUCUUACUGUAAACAAAUUAGUUGUUUAUAUAUAAUAUCAGUUUAUUUUGUGCAUUAUCUUACCUGUACAAAUUUGACUGUAUUAGUGCACUCUUGAUCUGCACCAAAUUGUACCUAAAGUGCACAGAUGUUUCUAAAUUGGAUCUCUAUUAGCCCUUCAGGUCUCUUAUAAGUAAGAUAUAACCCAGUGUUAAUCAGUAUUACUGUCCAUUUUUGUACAAGGUUUCAUAGCUUGUUUUUCUUUUCAGUUCUUUUCUUUAAUUUGCUAUGCCUGCACAUACCAUGCAAUACAUUUAUUGUGUUAAGGUAUGGUUUUGUAGCGCUCUUGCUGAUCUUCAGUAAAGUUUGUAAAACAUAAUAUAUGGUAAUAAAAUAAUCACUUGAA